AUGCCACGAAGAGGGCUAAGUUCAAUUAGAAUUUGGUUUUCAAUGACACAAAAAAAUGCUAAUUCAAUUGAUAAAGUGUUACACGAAGAAAUGGAAUCAAAACUAGUAUAUUUCACUAAUUUUCUCCAUCGAGUUAUUGCGACAAUUAAUUUUUUGGCUGAAAGAGGACUACCAUUCCGUGGUAAAAACAAUGAAUUAGGCUCAGUACAUAAUGGAAAUUAUAUGGGAUGUUUAGAAUUUAUAGCUAAAUUUGAUCCUUUUUUGUCAGAACAUAUUUCUAAGUACGAAAUUAUUGAAGCCAAGUACUUUUCAAUCAUAGAAGAUUCUACUCUAGAUAUUAGUAAACAAGACCAAUUAACUGUUGUGAUUCGGUAUAUAAAACCAAAUAGAAAUUCUGAAGAAAGUUUUUUAACAUUUUUAUCCUCUGCAGGACAUAAGGGACAGCAAAUGGAAGAACCGUUAAUUGAUAAAUUUAAGAAAUUGGACAUAGACAUAAAAUAUUGCAGGGGACAAUCGUACAAAAACGCAUCAAAUAUGUCUGAAAAAUAUAAUGACUUACAAGCACAUAAUGAAAAAUAUUCUAAAAAUGCUAAUUUUGUACCAUGUGCCGCACACUUACUAAAUCUUAUUGGGUUAAAUGCAGCAGAGAUUACCAAAGAAGGAACUCGAUUUUUUUAUGAUUGUCAAAUGGUUUACACUUUUUUUUCAUUAUCCACAUAUAGAUGGAAUCUGUAUAAACAAUCAACCAAAUCUGUCCUUAAGAACUUAUGCACAACAAGAUGGUCAUUACGUUAUGAAGUGUGUAAAGCUCUAUCAGUUGGUUACAAAAACAUAUUACAAGUUCUUCAAGUUUUGUUAGAAGAUAAAAUGCAACAACCAUCAAAAAGAUAUGAGGCUACAUUAAUAAAAAAAUAUAUAUAA